UGUUGAAGUGUUGAUAUUUUAGGUUAUGUAGGUUAAUAAAUUUGCGACACGAAUUGCCUCUUUCUUCCAUUUAUCCUAUUAAUUUAUUAAUUGGAAGGUUAAUUGAAAUAUUCCAUUAUGGAAUUAGAUAUACAAUUUAGUAGUGUAUUGUUUUAUGGCUCCGCAGCUCUAGUUUCUGUUUUUUUGGCGGUCUGUGCAAUACUAAUUGCAAUAUCUAGCCGCUACCCCAUUAUAAUGCGAAGUAGAAAAGAAAAAUACUUUAUGGAUCCUAAUAGCGGAAAAUUCGUCGAAUUCCCAUCUAUUUACGAUAAUUCUAGUAUACAUUUAAGCGUAAUUAUUCCAGCGUAUAAUGAAGAAGUUCGAUUGUCGCCAAUGUUGGAUGAGUGUGUAGCGUUUUUGGAAGACCGGGCGAAAGACGGUCGUUUUAAGUAUGAGAUAAUUGUUGUUAGUGAUGGUAGCGUAGAUAAUACAGUAUUAGUUGCAAAAAAAUAUUGCAAACAGUUAGGGGUAGAGAAAUUCAGAAUACUCGAACUGGAGACAAAUCGAGGUAAAGGAGGGGCUGUUAGACUGGGAAUGUUAAGUGCAAGAGGAGCUCUGCUCUUAUUUGCAGAUGCAGAUGGGGCUACUAAAUUUAUGGAUUUGUCGAAGUUGGAGCUAAGCUUAAAGAAUGAACUUACAGGAGAUUACUUGGAACAACCUGAAGUAUUAGCUAGCAAAACCUGUAUAGUCGUGGGGUCCAGGGCGCAUUUACAAAGUGACGCUGUAGCUCAAAGAAGUCUCUUCCGUACAAUAUUAAUGCAUGGUUUUCAUACAUUUGUGUGGAUGUUUACUGUACGUGAUAUUAAAGACACUCAGUGUGGUUUCAAGCUGUUCACAAGAAAAGCUGCCGUGAUGUGUUUUGAUAGCCUACACGUCGAAAGAUGGGCAUUUGAUGCUGAAUUAUUGUUUAUUGCUAAGAAAUUACACAUUCCAGUGACCGAAGUGGCUGUUAAUUGGACCGAAAUCGAGGGCUCUAAGCUAGUUCCCAUUUGGAGCUGGCUUCAAAUGGGAAAGGAUUUAUUUGUGAUUUGGUUGCGAUAUCAAAUUGGAGCAUGGGACAUCGCUGCACAGAAAAAAGAAUAAAUGAUUAUAUUUUAAAUUUGAAUAAAUGUCUUUUAAGUGAAAUUAUAUUUACCUACAAUAAACUUGACUGAGAUUCCACCAGAAAAUAUAUAAUUCCAAAAUGUU